CGUCGCACUAUGGUCUCGGCGACAAGAUCUGCUGCUGAGCGUAGUGCAUGCUGGCGCGAGGUCUUCUUGCGGUCAAGGAUGCACGACCAAUCCCCGUUUGCUUGAUUCGUGACUGUCACUGUCUUCAAGUAUCACUGCCUUCACAGGGAUGGCUGACGUGCUGAUGCAUUGUAUGAGACCAAGCGGCAUUCGUGAAGCAGCCUGAGCAAUGUUGGCCAUCCGAUCUUUGAGAUGCGUCGUGUUGUAAGAUGAUGCUGUCGAGGGCUAAAUGGACGCGAGUGAGGCGCUGAACCGGCUGGGCAAGAGAUCGUCGGCGAGUGGUCGCUCGUAAUAGUCUGCAGGCUUCGAGCCACGUGAGCGUCCUCGCGAUUGCGCUGAGCUUGGAUUUGCAAUUAGCUACGAUUAAGGGAACACCUCAGAAGCAGGCCUCAAAUGACGAAUGAUAGCGAGUCAGACGAGCAUGAGACGUCAGGCGACGAGGAGCACGGGCAGAGCAGCGAUGGUCGAGCACGUCGACGACCCAUGACGCUAUCCAGAUUACCAUCGGACGCAAUCGCAUCGGGCAGUGAGACGGAUGCAGAUGCCGAGUCGACGGAGCAUGAGCCUGCCAAGUCAGAACAGAGCAAUGCCAACGGAACGCACACCAAUGGUCGCAUUCCGUCGCUGCAGCUGAGCAAAGACGGCACAGAAUCGCCAGAGCAAGUCGUCAUGUCGCCCGCGACGGAGGAGCCUCCACUUAUGGCUUCAGAGCCUCAAGAGAUGGAGCAGACACCCACUCAGCUAGCACAAGAGCCAGAAGAACUCGAUGACACUCCACCCAAGACGAUGAACCCGCCGGGACGAUCGGCUACGACGUCGCCCACGUCUGCCAAAGAAUCACUCAAAGCAGCGCUCUCUUCUGCAAAGAACAGAGCUGCCUCGGAGGCCAGCUCACCAGAAGGCUUCAAGCGACACCGGAGAACAUCUUCCAUGGAGCCCGGUGUGAAGGAGACGCUCGAUGCUCGCCAUGAGGAUCUUGGCGAUGGCUCACGAAGGAUCAAUCAGUAUGUACUCGGAAAGGAGAUCGGUCAUGGCAGCUUCGGCAGCGUCUGCGUUGCUCAGGACGAGCAGGGGCGCAGUUGGGCAGUCAAAGAGUUUUCCAAGAUGCGGCUCCGCAAGCGAGCUCAGUCAGAGAUGAUGCGCGCACAAAGAGGGCGCAAGAGGCCCUCACAGGGCACACAGAGCACACAAGGCUCCAUGACUGCUCACGCUCGACCACCCGUGGAGAACGGCAAUAGUAACGACGAGGACCCUCUGCUGCUCAUCCGUCACGAGAUCGCUGUGAUGAAGAAGCUAACCCAUCCGAAUCUCGUGCGGCUGCACGAGGUCCUCGAUGUCAACGAGCGCGAUUCUCUAUACAUGGUCGUGGAGCUAUGCGAAGGAGGCUCUUUAAUGAACCUGUCAAUCAAGGAGGAGGUCCAAGCGUACGACGAAACAACUGCACGCAAUUACUUUCGCCAGAUUCUGUUAGCGGUGGAAUAUCUACACAGCAACGACAUCGUGCACCGAGACAUCAAGCCGGACAACAUUCUGCUCGCCACGAAAGAUCGCGAAGUGUGCAAGCUGGCAGACUUUGGCGUAUCCGAGAUGUUUCACAAGGGAACCGAUCUGAGCAAACAAAACGUCGGCAGUCCCGCCUUCCUCAGUCCGGAGCUGUGUGUCUCACAACAUGGCGAGAUCCAUGUCAAGGCUGCGGACGUAUGGGCGAUGGGCGUCACGCUUUACUGCCUCGUUUGCGGCAGACUGCCUUUUGCCACCCACAAUCCACUCGAGCUAUACGAAAUGAUCAAGAACGAUCCGGUCAAGCUGCCAAAAGAGCUUGGCGAUGAUCUCAAAGAUGUUUUGAAAAAGCUGCUCGACAAGUGUCCCAAACGGCGGAUCACCAUCGAGCAAUUGAGGGUACAUCCUUGGAUAACAGAGAGCGAGCAGAGCCCGCUACCGUCCAAGGAAGACAACUGCGAAGCUUUGCCAGAGACGACCGACGCGGAUCUUGCCUCCGCGUUCAUUUACAUUGGCCGCGCAAAGCGGGUGGCCAACAAGUUCCGUCAACUCGUUUCCGAACGCCGGACAAAAUCGUCCAGCUUCUCUCAGAACGACGGCGAGGGAAGCGAUCUGACGAAAGAUUCCGGCAGUUCAACUUCGCUCUCAAGCUUGAUGUCGAGCAUGCGAAGUAUGACCAGUACCUUGACAGAGUCCAGCAUUGGUGAGGAGAAUUGAUCGCAUCGAUAUACCCGGCAACAUGAGCAAUUGGCAUUGUCUGUGCUUGUACGAUUUUGGGAAAAUGCAUUGGGCCGCAAACACGGGACUAGCCAAAUCAUGCGC